UAUUCAGAUAAUAAUGAAACGGAGAAAUCCUGGCUCUUUGGCCGCUUUCCACCAACCUGUCUGCCUGUGACGCAGGAGGAGACUACUUAAAGCGGGAUUAGCGCGCGCAAAACAUUAAAUCCAACCUCCCUCCAUUCAGACGCCGUGCGACCCAUCACCCUUCUGUUUUGAAGAUCGAAAAUAGGAGGGUUUUAUUCCAGUCAGCGCUCCAGACUCGCAAGUGUUGGCUCCUCCAGUGAGCUUUCAACAGAGACGCGGUAGCGGAAGGAGGGCAGUGGUGGCGUGUGAUCAAUGCAUUCGUCAGAUAAAAUCGGAACCUCCGGAGACUAAAACAGGGGAAAAAAAUCCAUUCCGCUUCGGCAGGAACUCGCAGUGCACGGUGUGCUCUCCUCUCCGAAUGAACAGACAUGGGGGAAUGGACCAUCUUGGAGCGGCUCCUGGAAGCGGCUGUACAACAGCACUCUACUAUGAUAGGAAGGAUCCUAUUAACAGUGGUGGUGAUCUUCCGGAUUCUGAUCGUAGCGAUAGUAGGAGAAACGGUCUAUGAUGAUGAGCAAACCAUGUUUGUGUGCAAUACCUUGCAACCGGGCUGCAACCAGGCGUGCUACGACAAGGCAUUCCCAAUAUCCCACAUCAGAUACUGGGUGUUUCAGAUCAUCAUGGUCUGCACUCCAAGUCUGUGUUUUAUCACUUACUCCGUGCACCAAUCUGCGAAACAGAAGGAGCGCAGAUACUCCACUGUCUUUCUGUCGUUGGACAAGGACCCGGAUUCAAUGAAGCGAGACGACAGCAAAAAGAUUAAAAACACAAUCGUGAACGGAGUACUUCAGAACACGGAGAACUCAACCAAAGAAGCCGAGCCGGACUGCUUGGAAGUAAAAGAGAUCCCAACCUCAGCGCUGCGAACUACUAAAUCCAAAAUGAGGCGGCAAGAAGGCAUCUCGAGGUUCUACAUCAUCCAAGUCGUUUUCAGAAACGCGCUCGAAAUUGGAUUUCUGGUGGGUCAAUAUUUCCUGUACGGAUUCAACGUCCCCGCGGUGUACGAAUGUGAUCGAUACCCGUGCAUUAAAGAUGUAGAAUGCUACGUUUCGAGACCGACGGAGAAGACCGUGUUUCUGGUCUUCAUGUUUGCCGUGAGUGGGAUUUGUGUGGUACUGAAUUUAGCAGAACUCAAUCACCUGGGGUGGAGGAAGAUCAAAACGGCCGUGAGAGGGGUGCAGGCCAGAAGGAAGUCCAUUUACGAAAUCAGGAAUAAAGACUUGCCCCGAAUGAGUAUGCCAAACUUCGGCCGCACUCAGUCAAGUGACUCUGCUUAUGUGUAGCUCUUGAAGGACACUAGAUCAUUUAUGAUGUGUAAAGUGAAAACACACACAAAAAUACCAUAUGACGGACAUUCCACUCGUCGGUUACGUUCGAGAAAUUAGGCGGGUGAAUACAUUUUAUUUGUCUUUUAUAGACAAACAGCGACAAACGUUCUUGUACGUUUGUUCCUCCUAUUUAUUAAAAUGCACUGAUGCUACUUUUUAGUAAAGUUUAUACUUGGUAAAGUGCUAGAGAAGAAGCGCAUCAGUCACAUGUUGGCACAUUUACUCGUUUAUACACACAAAACAAUCCACGGCACUUGAAGGGAGUAAACUUAAAUUGCACUAAGCAGUGAACACCUGGAACCAAAUAUAGCCCGUAUGUGACAGGGUUUCGAUUAUUUUCUUCGGUUCUAGACACACACACAGCACGCCGACAAAAUGCACAACCGUUGGCUCUGUUUGAAACAGAGUUUAUAGGCUACUUCAGUAUGAUACAAAUAUUCACAACAACCAUCCAGCUUUGAUUAUUGGUCGAUAUAGAUGCUUAGAUUACAUGCAUUAGCGUUCUACGUUUUCUUGUUGUUGUCGUCGUUGUCGUUGCAGUUGCCUGUACAUGCACCAUUGACCUUAACGUAAGUAAUCAUUUCAUUGCUUUAAAGCUGAAUCGCAAGAGUGUGGGGCGGAUUUGCUGCAAAUGCUAAAGUCUGUGACUUCUUUAUUUUGUACACCAAAGCGCCCACCGCUUUCAUUUGUGUAAAGUGAUCUCUUGCUUUUGUGUAAUCAAGUGCCAUACAUGUAUAUAGAUAUAUGCAUAUACGUAUACAUAUAGACUAUAAUCAUCAUGAAAGCUAAAUUCCAUGCUUGAAUAAUGGAAAACGCCGCCAUGACAUUGAUUUAAUUUGAAUAGCUCUGAUUCAAGAUGAAAACGGUACGCUGAGCUUCUCCUUCCCCCAUAUAUCAUAUUGUUCACAAAUAAUUCAUUGUCUUUGUAUAUACAUUAAAUAUAUUCAUCCACGAUCACUACAGAUCUACAGGCACUAUAGCACAAAUCUGAAUUUCAAUCAGUGAAAACA